GAAUGCACAGGUUCCCCUCCCAUGAAGACAUCCCGCCCGCGCUUCCAUCUCAAUAGGUUAUUCACCGAAGUCUGGUAAAAAAGGUCAGCAUAUCUGUCUCUGAAACAAAUACGUUUUAGAAUUAUCCUGCAGGCAUCACGCGAUCGGCUUGGUACACCUGUUACAUCCAUACAAAUUAAAGUAUAAGUACCGCGAUCAGACUGAUGACAUCUUCACUCGUACUUCAGGUAAGGAUAACAAGACAAUGACGAGCUCGAGGAUUUUACUGGUACUUUUCGCCUUUAUGCUGUUGAUGGCUACAAUUGAGGCCAGACGUCGACAACGCAAAUGUAGACUCCCUCCACAUCCGGGAAGGCCAUGCGGUUUCCAAAAUUUUAGGGUUCAACGAUUCUACUACGACCGCCAAAGCGGGAGAUGCAAGUCAUUCAUCUACUACGGCUGCGGUGGGAAUGAAAACCGAUUUAGGACUCGCCGCGCGUGUCGUCGCACCUCCUUAGCCGUGUCUACAUCCACUGCCGUUGAACGUUGUUUAAGUGACUCCGAGAUGAAGACAUUCGCAGUAGCCCUGAUUUCCGUGAUGAUGUUGUCAAUGAUGCAGGGGACGUCUGCCCGUAGGCUGGAUUGUCUGUUGCCUCCUGUUGCUGGACACGGGAAUCUGGCGAUAACGAGAUUCUACUGGGAUACUGCUGCCUCCCGGUGCCGAACGUUCACGUACAACGGCAGAGGUGGAAAUAGGAAUAGAUUCGCGACACGAGCGGCCUGUAGGGCGGACUGUCGUAAUUAGCAUAUCGACAAUCCCCUGGCAACAUAAGUCAUGGCAACAUAAGUCACUGGCAACAGAAGUCACUGGCAACAGAAGUCACUGGCAACAGAAGUCAAAAGGCUGUUGACAGCAUAUCUGUUUUCACUUAUAUCUGUCAACGAUAAUUUUACUAUAUUUAACCAAUUACAUAAUCCUAGAUAUAUUUCUAUACCUGUUUUAAGAUAACAAUAUUUUUCUUAAAUAACAUAUACCACAUCUAUUAUAUAUUGAAUAAACAACAUAUUGC